GUACGUUUCAAAGCUUCAACGAUGGGUGUCCAAGGCCUUUGGGAGGUCGUGAACAAAGCAGGACAAUCUCGGUCACUAUCUAAUCUCGCGGUUAAGGAAGGAUUUGAGAAGAAUCAUUCCGGGAAACGUGCCUUUCGUAUCGGCAUCGACGCCAGCAUAUGGUAUCAACACUGUGUACACAGCAAAGGCGGCGAGAACCCAGAACUCCGCCUGUUGUUCUUUCGUUUAUGCUCAUUGGCGCGACUACCCUUUCUACCACUCUUUGUUUUUGAUGGUAAUGAAAGACCCAAGAUAAAGCGAGGUAGCAAGUUGGGGAAAUCGGGAUCCCAUAGUCUUACGUCUGGGAUGAAGAAACUGUUGGAAGUAUUUGGCAUGGAAUGGAGAACGGCUCUCGGUGAAGCAGAAGCCGAACUGGCUCAUCUCAAUAGAUACGGUGUUAUAGAUGCGGUCUUGACGGAUGAUGCAGACACGCUCGUUUUUGGUGCUCUUCGGGUUAUCAAGAAUUCAAGUCUAACGCUUUCCGGGAACAAGUCCAAUCCUGCAUUGGACUCGGAGGGCAAACCCAGCAAACACCAUGCUAUGAUAUACACAGCGGAAGCUAUCAGGAGACACCCAGAGGUAGGGCUCACUCGAGGGGGGUUUGUUCUCUUUGCGAUGCUUGUGAAAGGAGACUACGGUGAUAUUCAGGGCGUAAGGGAUGUUGGCAAAGGUAUCGCGCUUGGCUUGGCUCGCUGUGGAUUUGGCGACGAACUUCUCGAAUUGUUUCACCGCCGUUCCACCGAAGACAUUCGGCCAGCACUUGCACGCUGGUGCUCCAGUGUCAACUUGGAAUUGCACACUAACUCCCGGAAACAGCUUCGGCACUCGUACUCGGCACUUUCCUUACCACUGGACUUCCCAAAUAUGCAGAUACUCGAGAAUUAUAUCGACCCAAUAUGCAGCGCCCGGGUAGGAAGCAUGGGUGGUGGUAAAAUGCGCGACAAUGGAGAGCUGAAUCUUGCCCGUGCUGCAGCGUUCUGCGAGGAGAAGUUCGGAGAAUGGGGUUACCGAACUGCGAUUAUAAAGAGGUUCCGAAGCCUGAUGUGGGAGGCGGCAAUAAUGAGGGUUCUCAGGAGAGCUGCGCUCGAAGCUGACGAGAAAGAGAGGACAAAACGUCUUGAGCACGGCGAAAGCUCUGUCAUAAAAGGGCCACUGACUCCUUCUCCCGCUGAGGCAACCGCCGUCGUGCAGCGUUUGCCCCUCAACCUCUCCUUCGAAGGACAUAACUCUCGUAACCGGCCAUUGAUCACGAAGAUUUUAGGAACGCGCCACCAUGUAUCCACUGAUGGCCUUCUGGAGUACCGUGUUGAAGUGUGUCCUUCACAGUUUGUGGAAAUUACUCAGUCAGGUAUCAAGGGCAAACGACCCGAGCCCACAGGCCAUGCCGCUGCUUUGGAUGUCAAUCUUAUUGGAAGUAGCCCGCAAGCCACGCAGAGAACUACCAAAAAGUUGUCAUCCGAUCCGCAUAGCAAUAUGCGCGUUUGGAUUCCUGCUUCUAUGGUCCGACAGGUCUGUCCUUGUCUUACCGUUGACUAUGAUGCCAAGCAAGAGAAGAGCAUCCACAAAACCCCGGGAAGUGAUGUAGCUCGGAGACAAGGGACGGAUAAAACACGAGCUGAACCAAGCACUGAGGAGAGAAGCAACGCUGAACUUCUCGCUUCCCCGGUCCGAGCAGUGAGAACGCACUGUCAAGUGAAUCAAGGGGACGAUGGAUCAAUGAAACAAGGACUUUCCAUUCGCGUGCUCGGUCCGGAUCGUGAAGAAAGUCGUGCCGGUGACGAACUGCGAUCGCAAAAUCGUCUCGAGGAUGACACUCUAUCACUCCCUCCUGCCUCUAUAUUUGCUUCUAUUUCGGAUGCCCAUCCGCCCAGCGGAUUCUUGUUUUCCAUACCCAACCCUGACGAUCCUUUAGAGUCAGAGUUAGAGGAUGAGGAGGAUGCUGAUGGCACGCCCUCGGGCUGGUUUGACCGGCCGUUCAACCAGGCCGUGGUAUUUAAUAAGAGGCACUCGCUGGACGACAAGAUCAGACCCGAGGAACAGGCUCGCCCUCCUUGCAAACGCGCUUUUGAUCAUUCUGAGACAAUUUCACUGUUGGCUCCGAGCGGAGCUGAUAAAAAAAUAGAAGGUCGUAUUCACCAGCUUCCAAAGAAGAGGAAAGCACAGUCGACUACAACUCAAUCUCACUUCAUCAGCCCUCCGAGUCGCAAUGUCUCGCGUCCUCGUGAUGAGCCCUGCCUCGAUCCCAAUGUCUUGGAAGUCUUCAGCGAUUCCGAGGAAGAAGAGAUUUUCCGGCCAAUAUCCGUCUCCAUCGGGAAAUUUCCAAGGCCCCUGCCCUCUUUGAUCAUUAUUCCAAAGCGUGCCCCCGCCCUUGGUGCGCACGCAUCAAAGAGGCAGAGCUAUCACCAACCUUCUCGCCAGCAGAGUGACCUAAUCGUGGUCAACGUGGAGAUGAUGAUCGACCUCACCUAA